CCCGCUCUGAGCGGAACUCGUCUUCGGGGCUCCGCGAGCGGCGGAGCGCGGGCAGCGCCGCACCGCGCGGUCACCUUUGGGCGCCGCCGCCAUGCCGUUCCUCCCGGACGAGGCCCGUUCGCUGCCGCCGCCGCCCCUCGUGAACAAGGGCUCGGUGUGGUUGGGGCUGACCGGCUGGCUGGCGGCCCUGCUGGAUAACGGCUUCGCUCACCGGCCCGUCCUGAGAGCGGGUGUUCACCGCCAGAUCCUGUUUGUUACUGUGGGAUGGUUUGCUGGCUAUUUUCUUGUUAAACAUGCUGAGUAUGUCCACGCUAAACUGGACAGAGAGCUGCUUGAUUACGUCAGGCGGCACCCUGAAGACUUCAAGGAAGCAGAAAAGAAAAGAAUAGGAGAGCUUCUGGAGGAUUUCUAUCCAAUUCGCUGAUGCUUCUGCUGAGCUGUUUCCGUGCUGAGAACUCCAGGGCUGCCCGCAGCCUUUCAGCUGCCCGUGCUUGGAAGGGGAACCAUCGUUCAAUCCCAUUAAAUAAAAGUUAAUGAUGGAA